AUGGCACGUGUUACUUCACAGAAAAAUGCCAGGCACAAUGGCGCCUAUGGCAACAACAGAGGCUCACAGAUAGCAAAACAACACCACAAGAACAAUCAGAAGCAGAAGGUUGUAGUAGAAAGCGGCAAAGGUCAGGAUCGCAAUGUGCUAUCUUUCCACACAGAGCCACCUCAAGGCUAUACAUUCAUACCGGCAGGCAACCCGCAACUCACUGCAGCCCUCAAAGAGUUUGCCAAACGAGGCAACCACAAAAUAUUCUCGGUCUCGACUACACCCCACGCUUCUCGCCAUGAACUGUCUCGCGAGGUACAUCGUGUUGGCUACCACUUCCCCACGUUUGUUGUUGCUCAGGUAUGCAAUCAUUACGGCAUUCGUCUGACUCGCACCGGUCAUGUAAUUGAUGAAAAACAAAACGACAACUUCAUGAAAGUCUAUCAAAAAGGACAACUUGUAUUGGACGCGGAGAUACCUAAAGACCAAAUCACAGUCAACACCGAGGCCAAGGAGACGAUCAAGGAUCUGUUCCCUAAUAUUCCGGAUAACGACCUGUUCCAAAUCAUCAAGACAGCCUUUCAACUGGGCGACGGUAAGGUUGGAACUGCUGAAGACGUGCCACUUACCCGUCGAGCCUCCUUGUCUGUAGUUGCUCACAUUCGUCACGUCUACACCCGCUACGAUAAGCUUCUGAGGCGAAUGCCAUACAACAACGCUCGUCAUGAGGUUGAGGCUGAGACCUUGACUAAGCUCGUCGAGUGGAGAGGCGAUGGGUCUGCCGAGUCCGGCGCCAUCAACGAUGUCCUCGACGAUGUGAUUGUUAUAUCAGACGAAGAGAAGAGCGAUGCUGAACCUGAAGACGGCCAUUCCAUUCACCAAAACGAAGUAAGAGUCGAAGAGCUAGAUCACAGCACAUACUGGCCCGCUGCUACUCGACCAUUGUCUCCCCUCCGUGUUGCUGAUGAGCCCACGCAAGGGUAUCGCUUCCUUCCACAUGCCUCAUAUCGCUAUCAGCCAGAGGAAAUCGCGGUAAGGGAACGCAACCGAGCUGCUCGAUGGGAGCAAGCCAGGCAAGACUAUCGAUCGACAUUGUCACAAGCAGGGCCGUCGUAUCAGAGAGUGAUGGUUCGAGAGCCCUCCCCAGCUCGUCAUCUGAUUCCACUUGAUCCACCCCAGGGUAGAGUCCUUGAACGUGAAUACCUUGGACCAAGCCGAUCAGGACCCGUGGAGGUCAUCUCACGACCGGAAUCACCACGCUACUCAGCACCGCAGACACGUUACGAACGAAUAGACGAUGCAGUUCCGCAAGUGCGAUACGAACCCAUCGAUGACGGCUAUCAACCACCUCAUCCUGUCUAUCACCCUGACUCGAGACCACUGACGCCGAUUAUUGUCAAGGCCCGCCGUCGAUCAGCCAGUCCGGACGGAGAUAGAACAAUUGUUCAGUCGAUUGAGGGCCCGAAUGGCGCAUACUCACCCAGUAUGAUCCGUCACAACGAAAACGCAAGAUCACAAAACCAUCAGAUUUCCGCCAACCAACAAUACCGGGACAGAAAAGACUACCAGUCCGGUCGAAGCAGUCCUAUUGAUGCACGUUCCCGCAACCCAUUCGGCCAGACUCAGCAUUCGCGGACCGCUUCUGGUCAAUACAUCCAGGAUCAGCCAAUGCAGCGUACUGGAUCGAGACGCGAGAUUGUGGACAUUCAAUCAGCCCCGCAGCGGAUCAUGGUCACCGACAGCGAAACGGUCUAUUCCAGCGACAGAGAUCACACAUAUACGCGUUCGAACCCCUUCCAAGAUAGACCCCUUGAGCCAGUCACCAUUCGCCGAGAACCAUUACCAGCCCAUCACUACGAUAACAUACGGACGGUCCACACAGCGACGCCUCCACGACGAAUCCUUGAGCCCAUCGGCGACCCGUACUCUGAUUCUGGGCCGCAGCGGUAUCGCGAGUAUGAUGUGCCUGUCACUACGGCCUACUAUGGUUCGGCACCAUCCACAGCACAGUACCUAGCUGAACCGCCGCGACGCGUGGUGUAUGCCAAUCCGCCAGAGGAGUAUGUUACGACUACGCGUUAUGAGCCGUUACGUUGA